AUGGGUGUGCCAUCGCGCCAAGGUGCUCCGCUGGACGCUGACAAGGCGCCGUUCGAGGCCGUCUUGCGCAAGCUCCCGUUGCCCGCGGACUUUGCGCUGCGGCACCAGCUGCCGUACGACGUACCCCCGCUCUUGCGCGUCACCGGCCUCGACGAGGUGGUGCCCUUCCCGCUGCGAUUGACCGACGCCGACGCCAUCCGUGCUGAGUACCCGUCCGGUAUCGUGCCCGCGGCGCGCCUCUCGUUUGCAAACCCCGACUGGCACGACGCGAUCGACCGCUGCGUCCUGCCGCAAGUCCGCCGCCGGCUCGGGUGCAACGUCGCGUUGAAGGCGGCUCUCUCGCACCUUGUCGUGGACGCACUCGGCUCGACGUCGGCGCUUCUGCUCGCCCAACGGUCGCCGACAACGUUCGGGACGCUGCUCAUCGCGCUGCCGUCGCAGGUGGAGGGCGGUGGCGUCGCCUUUAGCCUCGACGGCAAGGCGCUCGACUGGACGGAGCUAACGUGCGCUACGCUCACGCGCUUUACGUUCGCAGCGGCGACGCUUGGAGCCGCCAUCUCGACGACGCCCGUGACGUCGGGGCACCGCGUUCUCGCUGUCUACAACCUUGUCUACGCCAACGAACCAUUGGAAUGGCUGCCACCGCCGACACGCAUGGACGACGCGAUCGCACUCCUAGUGGCCGCGGCAACAUCACCGUCGUCUCCCAAGUACAACGUGUUGGGCUACCAUUUGCAGCGAGGCUGCUACGCCACGUCGUUUGACGAUCUCGGCGGCAGGGACCUUGCGUUCGCCCAAGCGCUCGUGGCCUCCAACGUCUAUGACGUGGCGCUCGCGACGUUCCAAGAGCCGAGCGCGCAGCAGUCGAUCUGUGUGGCCUCGGCGACGCUGCACCCGGCGCUGCACUUGCCGCACAUGACGCUCCAAGGCGUCGUCGUGCCCGCGUUUCUCUACAAUGGGGACACGCACCGCGUGCGCCUCCUCGGUGUCGACGCCGCCGUGCGCACGCUCCACGAACGGUCCGCGCACGUUGACGGAACGUUCUGCGGCCUCCCGACCUUGCCUUCCUUGGCCCGCGCGAUCAUGGAGCUUGUGGGGCCGCAUGACCACAUCGUCUGGGCACCGUUUGCCGGUCCUCGGACGUUCUGCGCGCCGCUCUGCGACGGCCUCAACGCGCUACAUGACGCAGCGCUCGUCGACGUUUUCUGGCGCAACCACGUCGGCCUUCGCGAUGAGAUGCGGCUCGAGGCGCUCGCGCCCGGAAUGCAUGCGGCGCUGCAGCAGUUUGGCGCCGCAGAGCUCAUCGGCGCGCUGAGCGUCGUGCUGGUGCGCUGGGGCACCUCGUGGGCGGGCCUCGCGUACGGCUACCGGCUCCUCGCGAGCUUGGCCGGCGUCUCGGUAUCGCCCGUCUGCCCUCGCCUCGACGUGCCGUUCGCGCGCGAGUACAUACAGCACGGCUUUGCGUCGCUCUUGCAGUCGUGCGUCGCCCAGAAACUCCCAAGAGUCAAGAAGGACGAGGACGAGGAUGAGGAUGAGGACGAGGAAGAGGAGGCGAACGGGACUUUCGAGAGCAUGAUGACGAUCGUCCGUGAUGGAGUUCCUCUCGAGCACUACCUCUGGGUAGGCCCGCUCGACGGCGCGCGGCUGCAAGGAAAGCUCCCGGAUGCCCUCGUCCGCGCGACCCUCGCGUACCAGCUGCCAUCGCUGCGCGUCGAGGCCAUGGCCGCGACGUACCCGGGUUUCUUUGAUCCACUGUGCGUCCUCGUGCCAGCGUACGCGGCGCUUCAGCACACGCCGGCGUUGCCGCUCGACUGGCUCAAGACGCUCGUGCUCUUGGAAGUGCCCGACGGCUCGAUUGGGUUUGGUCCACCCGUCUCGGCGAUCCUCGCGCUCCUCCAAGUACUCGAGGCGCAGAAGAUGCUCACGGACAAGAUGCUCGGGAGCCGGCUCUGGUGCGCAUGGGGACCGUACCUGGCGGCCGCGAUCGCCGUCUUCCUCAAGGCGACGCCGCCCGACGGCGUGGGCCCUUGCGUCGCGAUCUUCGCGCACCUUAUUACGCUGCACGAGAUCCCCACGCUCGAGUUCAAUGUGCUCAUGACGCACUAUGCGCAGCAGACGAACUCGGCGAUUGGGAAAGACGACGUUCUCGGCUUGCUCAUUUUGGAUGCGCUCGACGUGUACCAGUCGCACGCGCCAGCGCUCCUCGACCCGUUUGUCGCCCGCUGGCUCGACGCCGCCGACGGCAACGUCGCGGCGCACCGGACCAUGGUCUGGACGGUCCUCUCCAAGCUCCCGCAGCGACUGCCCAAGGAGGUCGCGCUCUACUGCAAGAUCGCGACGGCCGCUUGCCGCGUGCUCGCUGCCAACGCGGCGCUUCUGGCAGACUUUGCGCAGCGCGACUUGGUCAUCGACUGCACUUGCCACUGCUGCGCCGAGCUCCGCGAGUUUCUGCUGGCGCCGAGACAGGACCGCGUCGUCCUCGAGUGGACGAGUGCGCAACCGCUGUGCGGUGUCGCCCGCGCCUUUGUCGCUGCCCACCCGACGCGCCUGCGUCUCCGCGAGUUGGAGACCAAGGAUGUGGUCCAAGGAACCUUUACCAAGCUCGACCACGACGCCAACAGCUUCGCCAUCUCGCGCGCGCUGCAGGAGCGCGAUGGCGACGCGAUCAAGGUCAAGGUGCUCAGGCGCCGCCUGCACGAGCUCGACGCUCAAUGCUUGCCCUAGCCCUCACCUAGCCCGGUGUCGUCAACCGACACACCAACCG